GCUAAGAUUGAACUCGUGGUUAAAAGUCUAUUUAGUCUGAUUGGUUCUGUUGUGGUUGUAGGCUGUGUCCAUAGUUCUAAUUCAGGUAGAGUUUAGAAACUUGUUCUUAAGGCCUGAACACUGUUGUGUGAGAAGUUUUAGCCCCACAUUCAGUCAUUAUGUCUUUUAAUGUCAGAGUCGACUCCAUGUAUAGCUUUAAAAUAGAUAAUACAUCCAAUCUGGAGUAUGAUUUGAAGCCUGGCAAUGGAAUUCCUGUUGGGUUUUCUAAUGUGGAAAAUGACUUACAUGGAAGAAGUGGUACCACUAACCAUCCUGAGGAUUACAGUCCUCAGCUAGAUUUGUCUUCAGCUCUGAAACCUACCCCACUGGACCAGUCAUGGGAUUUGCAAAGUCCUUCAGUUGGCUUAUACCCUUGCCUUGAACCUCAAGAGGAUGAGUUGUCUUUGCCAGAUCCGGAUAGUCUGGAAGAAGGGGAAGCAAGUUCAGAUGAGGAAUUGCCGUGUAUGACAUUCCAGUCAAAGUACAUUAAUAUUUUCCCACUGUAUCAGGAAUACUCGCUACAGGCCAUCAGAGGUGAGGUGGGGAAACUCAAAGAUGGGUUUGUGUCUGACCUGUUAAAAUCUGGGUCUUUUCAUGGUCUGCGUUCAUCUUCGACGCCUAGAGACAAUUUGGAGGCUGCAUCUUCUUAUCUGACACCUGAUUCAAACUCCUCAUCUCCAACUAAUUUUCACGGCCGGCGGUCUGCUGUGAGACGCCACAGUCACUGUGGAGUUGUGUCCCCUAAUCAGUCUCCUAAUUCAUCCUUCGCUGAGCCUUGUUUUCAUGAGCGAGCUGCUUCUUUGAGCUCCAGCAGGCGUCUGGAGUAUAAAACUCCUGAGAUUUGCAUUGAAGAGCCAUCCCCAACUCCACCUCCCAGUAUUAAGUUGACUUCUUGCAUGCUCUGGCAAGACUUGGAAGAGGUGAAAGCAUCUGGUCUGCUUAACAUCAUAACACCCAAAGAGAUCAGCCUUCAGGAGUCUAUGUUUGAGCUGAUCGGCUCUGAAGUGUCUUACCUGAAGAGCCUCGGAGUGGUCGUCAAUCAUUUCUGUGCAUCAAAGGAGCUGAAGAAGACCAUGUGUGAAAUGGAGCAUUGUACUGUGUUUUACAACAUUCGCCAUGUGAUGGAAGCAAAUUCAAAAUUCCUUCUGGACCUGGAAGCUCGACUGGGCGAGAGCCUGAUAAUAUUUCAAGUUGGUGACAUUGUGCUGCAGCACUGUGGAAACUUUCAGCAACACUAUGUGCCAUAUGUGAGCAACAUGACAUACCAGGAGACCACUGUCAACCAGCUGAUGCAGCAAAACAAAUACUUUGUGUAUGCGUUAAAGAAACUUGAGAGUGACCCAGUCUGUCAGAAACAGAGACUCAAAUCAUUCCUGGUUCUCCCAUUCCAGAGAAUAACACGCAUCAAACUUCUACUGGAGAGCAUCCUGAAAGUGACUGAGCCAGAGUCUGAAGUGGCUUCAAAUCUUAAAAAGGCAAUAAAGGGCAUUCAUGAGAUUGUGCUGGAGUGUGACCAGAAGAUGGAAAGGAGGAAACGUUUGGAGGAACUUGUCAGCCUGGAAGUGCUGAUGGACUUUAGUGACAUUAAGUCGGUUCCUCUAGUGAUAAGCACACGUUUUCUGAUCCACCACGGACCCCUGGCCACUGUGGGGACUUAUGGUUCAAAAGUGUCAAUUGUCAGGAUCUACCUCCACCUCUUCAAUGACCUCUUGAUCAUCUCCUCGAAAAAGUAUCAGCGGUUCAUUGUGCUGGAUUUAGUCCUCUUUCCUGAACAUGUGACUGUUCUGCAGAAUAAAGUUCUGGGACUUCCUCCGGACUCCUUCCUGUUAAAUCUGUCUCAGAGUCAGAUAGGACCUCCGACUGCCAUGAUACUGAUUGCAAAUGGAAGCUUCGAAAAGGAAGUAUGGAUAAAGGCAUUUUCUAAGAAGUGAUGGUGGGAUUUGGAUUGUUUUUAAACGAAAAGAUGCAUCUUAUUGUACAUUUUUGGAGUCGUUAUCCUUUUGACAUUAAGUUCAAAGUUCUAUCACACUGGUGUGCACUUAUUGAAUCAUGGCCCUUUUUUGAGAAAUGUUCAACAUAAUCUUAGUGAAAUUUUUGUACUUUCAACAUUAAAGUUUAGAACUUUAA